GUGCAUGUGGCUGGGGGCGGCUGCUCGGUGAGGGGGAACUGCAGGGCCUCGGUUGCCAAGUGGCUGGUAGUAUCUGUCAGCUGUUUGCACACUGUUUACCCAUAGGGGAUCUAUUACAAGUGCUCAAAUGAACCGGCAGCUUCCUGGGAGCUGCAAUUACAUAAGCAUAUAUUUUUAAUAUAAUAAUAAUUAAAAAACAAGUAGCAGCAGCGGUAUGCCUGGAUCAGCUACAGCUAUCCGACAAGAGAGACUGAAGAAGACCAAUGCAAGGCCAAUUCCUCUUGGUUUAUUCACCAUUAAUGAGGAAGAUGAACAGCCAAAGAAUGGAAAUUCCAGAAGACCGAAAGCGCCUGACAGCUAUAAAGUGCAAGAUAAGAAAACUGCCCCCAACCGCCCUGCCGCGACAAUUUCGGGACAGAACAGCAGCCACUCAGGAAGUAAACCAGACCCUCCACCUGUGCUACGGGUUGAUGACCGACAGCGGCUGGCCCGGGAGCGACGCGUGGAACGGGAGAAGCAGCUAGCUGCGCGAGAAAUGGUCUGGCUGGAAAGAGAAGAGCGAGCCAGGCUACACUAUGAGAAACACCUGGAAGAGCGGAAGAAGAGGCUGGAGGAGCAGCGGCUGAAGGAAGAGCGGAGGAGGGCUGCGGUGGAGGAAAAGCGAAGGCAGAGGCUAGAGGAGGAUAAGGAGCGCCUUGAAGCAGUUGUACGGCGUACAAUGGAAAGGAGCCAGAAACCCAGACAGAAGUACAACCGAUGGUCCUGGGGGGGCGCUCUCCACAGGAGCCCCAGCAUCCGCAGCUCAGAUCCAGACAGGCGGUCAGUUUCCACCAUGAAUCUUUCGAAACAUGUUGAUCCCGUCAUUAGCAAGCGGCUCUCCUCCUCAUCUGCAACCUUGCUAAAUUCUCCAGAUAGAGCUCGCCGCCUGCAGCUCAGCCCCUGGGAGAGCAACGUUGUUAACAGACUCCUGACGCCCACACAUUCGUUCCUGGCUAGAAGUAAAAGCACAGCUGCUUUGUCUGGAGAUGCAGUUAUCCCCAUUUGUCCUCGUUCAGCAUCUUGCAGCCCCAUCAUCAUGCCCUUCAAAGCUGCACACUCUAGAAAUCCAGUGGAUCGACCAAAACUCUUUGUAACACCGCCCGAGGGCUCUGCGCGCAGGAGGACUGUUCAUGGCACCACGGGCCAUAAAAGAGACAGAGAAAAUGUACCCUUCCAUCUUACAUCUGGUAUCCGAAGGGCUCUAUCUCCAGCUAAUCCCAAAGCAAGAUCGCCAGCGCCCUCCCGGCUCUGGCUCCCCUCCAAGUCCUUCCCGCACUUGCCUGGCACACCCCGACCGGCGUCCUCCUUGCCUCCUGGCUCGGUCAAAGCUGCCCCCGCUCAGGCCCGGCCCCCAUCCCCUGGCAACAUCCGCCCUGGCAAGAGAGAAGCCAAAGUGGAACCGGAGAAGAAGGAGCCCGAGAAGGAACCUCAGACCGUUGCCAAUGAGCCCUCACUAAGGGGCCGAGCACCGCUAGUGAAGGUAGCAGAAGCCACAGUCGAAGAGACGCCUGCGGAGCCUGAAGCUGACACUGCUGCUCCAGCGCAGGUUCCCGCUCCAGCCCUGGCUCCGGCUCCAGCUCCAGCCCCGGCUCCAGCCCCAGCCCUGGCUCCAGCCCCAGCACCGGCUCCAGCCCCAGCUUCCGUCCCUGCCGCCCCAUCCGCUGUGACCACCAGCGCCGCCCCUAAGGUCUCUGCGGGCACCACAGACCCUGAAGAGGCCACGCGGCUGCUGGCUGAAAAGAGGCGGCUGGCCCGAGAGCAGAGAGAGAAGGAGGAAAGGGAGAAGAAGGAGAAGGAAGAGCUGGAAAGACAGAAGAAAGAGGAAUUGGCUCAAAGGGUGGCAGAGGAGCGAGCCCGCCGGGAGGAAGAGGCCCGCAGGCUGGAGGCCGAACAGACCCAGAGGGAGGAGCAGCUGCGCCAGGAGCGGGCGCGCGCGGAGACCGAGCGUGCACAGAAGCAGAAGGAAGAAGAGGCCCGAGUUCGUGAGGAAGCCGAGAGGGUCCGGCAGGAGCGAGAGAGACACUUCCAGAGAGAGGAGCAGGAGCGCCUGGAGCGGAAGAAGCGGCUUGAGGAGAUUAUGAAGAGAACCAGGAGGACAGAAGCCGCAGAUAAGAAAACCAUUGACCAGAGAAAUGGUGACAUAGCCAGAGGAGCUCUUGCUGGAGGAACAGAGGAAGCUGCACUCCCAUGUGUCACAAACUCACCAGGAAGUGGAGAACCGGCCCCUAGCCCACAUGUGGACACCUCGCACCAACCCAGAAUGACCGUGGAGAGUGCUCCUAAUUUAGAAAGACAACCAAAUGAAAAUGGAGUAUCUAUGGAGAAUGAAAAUUUUGAAGAAAGUAUAACCUUACCUAUCGCAUCUAAGCCAUCAAGAUUAGAUGUCAUCAACAGGGAGAACCCAGAAAUUCCUUUGAAUCCAAUUUUGGCCUUCGAUGAGGAAGGGACGCUUGGGCCCCUGCCUCAGGUAGAUGGGGUUCAGACACAGCAGACUGCAGAAGUUAUAUGAGCAUUUCUUCUGAUGCACCAAAGCAGAAAUUGAGUAAGAGUUUCUACGAUUAAUGGAAUUCCUUUCAUGCCACAAAGGAGCAUCCCCUCUUCCAGUUUUCUAAAGAUUGCUUGACCAUCAUUUUGAAAAGACGUUUUAAAACCAGCUAAUGACAACAGACUGGAUAGCUUUUCUAAUAAUUUUCGCCAACAGAAAGAAAUAAAUGCUCCUUAUUCUACAGUACUUUAAAAUGGCUUUUUCCAGUGUGUUCCUUCUUAGCAAAUCGAUAUUUUUCUGCAUCCUUUAAAAGACAAGAGCAUUCAACUCUAAAAGAAAUGGGCUGACUAAGCAUGAUUUUUCACAGAGCUAUUUUGUUCUUAGAAGCUUAACAUAUAAAAUUGGCAAAAAAAAUUACCUUUUACAAUAUAAUACUUGAAAAAGAAGUACCUCUUUUCUCUACAAGUAGAGUGACUAGAGGAGGUGUUUAAAUUAAACCUGUUUAAAUAUUGUUGCAGAAAGCUCUAUUUGUAGAGGCAAAUGAUAGGCAGACUGCCGGGUUCUUGUAAAUGCACCUCGUACAUGGACAUUCUGUGAACCUAGUAGUCGCAUUCUUCUUGCAGCUCCUUUUACAAAAAGCAUCCUAAGAAGUUUUAAAAUGUGAAGGAAAAAAAAAAAAAAGUUAUUUUUUCAAAGCAAGAACAUAAUUUACUCUCCUCUUACUUAACGUAUUUAUAAGGUUUUCCAAACAAAUCAGAUCAGUUAGAACAAUGUGACGACGCUGCAGACUUGCUUUGAGAUGCAUUCCUUCUAAGGGUACUGGGAGAGAAUGUCACUGAUGAUUCAGGGCUACUUCUGACGUUUGUAUGUUGCUGCUGUCCCCAAGGAUGGUGGGGACUUAUUUUGCCUUACCUGAUCUCAAAUUAUACGGGGGGGAGGGGGGAGAUUUCGUGUUUCUUUAAAUGAAAAAAGAAUUAGGUUUUGCUCGUUUCAGAGCAAUGGAAAUACAGUGGAAGGUUGACCGUGUGGCGCGUGGGGCGAGGGCCUUCACGGGCAUCCUCGCGCUGUGUGGCAGCCGUCAGCUUUCACUUUGCAUCACUAUUCUUCACUUUUGCUGCUGAGCCUAGCUGUACAAACUUGCACUUUCAUUUGCUAAUAUAAAUUCAAUUUUAUUUUCCCAUAUAAGAGACAACUAAUGACUAAAUGUAGAAAGGGAGGGAACACUGAGGAAAUACAUGUGUGUACGUGGAAUGUUUAAAAAAGAAAGAUAAACUUAUACCAGUAUAAUGUGUUGGUUUUGUUAAAAGACGGAUUGGUUCAGCUACUAGAUUGAAUGAGAGACUAUUCAUCUCUUGGACUGUUUCUUUUAAAUCCAAGUGUAUGAUUUUUAGCAACAGCUUGUACUUUGUUAAAACAUUAACUUGGGUUUUUUCUGUAUUCUCAGUUGUCUGUGUACACAUAGUCAUUGUAUUAAAAAAAAUUCUGUUCAACAAA